CAUCAAAUAUAGCUUGAUUUUUGGUAAAUUAAACUAAUUAUUGAACCUGGUAUUUGAAACAUCUCUGGUAGAGCUGCAGUAUUGACUGUAUAUGUCUAUUCCAAUGAAAGCCCUUUUGAAUUCAGUGGGGCUCCCUCCAGGUAAGUGUGUUUAGCAUUGCAGACCUAGUAAAUUAGUUAAUCUAAGCACAGAUCAUUUGACCACAUGAAAUGGUACCUUUUAAGAAAGUUGAUAAAUCUUAAGAAAGCAAGUUAUUUUAUUAUAAGUAUCCAUAUAAGAACUUCCAGUGGCAAAUGCCAUUUCCCCUUCUGUGCCGCAAAAAAGAGAAUGUCCUUGCCUUUUAUGACAUAUACACAUCAUAUAGACACGAUAAUAUGUACACUUUUAAUUAUAUUUAAAAUAUGAUUAAUUGCUGGAAUAUUUAAUUGGAUCAGGUGACAUUUGUUUUCUGAAAAUGAAAAUUCAGACACUGUCUGAUUCUUGGAAACGAUGGUCAUAGAAGUUCCAUUGCAAAUAUGGUUGCUGGACAUUGUUAUUUGAACCAAUGAGGAAUUUCUUUUUCCUGAUUGCUAAAAUUCACUCUUUUUAAAAAUUAAUGGUUUGUCAGCUCAUGCAUGCUUUUUAAAUUGGUUAAUCUUAAUUAUGUUUGUGUGUAACAAACCAGCUUCCAGCCAUGAGUUAUAAAGCUGUCUUGUUUCAAUGAACAGUAACAUUUCAGUGUUCAGGCAACACACUAAACUGAAGUUAAUCUAAAAUGGAACCAGGCUCUUCUGAUCUCUCAGCUGUGCUGGGAAAGGGGCAAUGUAGUGUGCAAGUCUAGGGAAAACUUGACUGGUUCCUGUCCAGAUAAACCAUGGCUUACUGUAAAACCAAACACAGCCAGUAUCCUUUGUACCUUAUUGGCAAACAUAAAUACCUUGCUUUCAGUGAUGGCAGAACUUCACAAGGAAAAAGACAGUGCUGUCCAAUAGAAUGUAUACUAAGCUUGACCUGACUCUCGGAUUUAUUAAGUGGCUUGAAGAAGUUGCACUUUCUUUGUCCAUACUUUUGACCAUAAAAGACCUGUCUCCUUAAAUCUAGCUGAAAAGUUGAAUAGGAUAAGUAUUUAAAGCGUGUGGCACAAACAGCUCCAUAAAUGAUAGAAAGCACCAGGUUUUUAAUGUUGAAUUUUCCUUCCUGCUUUCCCCAUUUUUAAAUGCUGAGCUAGUAGCACCAUAAAGAUGCUUGAAAGGAACAAGGGAUCAGGGUUAGACUCCUUUGACGUGCCAAGAGAGCAGAAUUCUGGCAGUUUAGGGGUUGCAGGCUGUUCCCUUAUUAUAUUCUCCUUUCUGAUUUUAAUAACAUAAGAAAGGGGCAACAUAAUUUCUUGUAUACUGAUGAACUAUUCCCUUAUUUUCUGAAUUGUAACCUUUUCUGAAUUGUAUAUUAACAUGUGGCCUGAUGGAUACAAUCCAGCAAACAUUACUUGCCUUUAUAUUCUAUUAAAACAAACAAUGGGAAUUGGUCUCAGUUAGCUUUUGCUAGCUCUUACAUAUUAUGUGAUACUUCAGUGUCAGUCAGCUUUAACUCUGUGAGCAAGAUGAGGAAUCUACUUCAGUUUUGUGUGUCUGUGGAGUAUUUGUAUGCCUUACAUUUGUUGGAGAUGCCCCAAGCAGUAUGGAGUUACUUUCUGGUGUCUGUACAGAAGUCAGUGGCAGAGGUUGAAGAAUCACACAUUUCUUAUUGCCUGUCUUCUAUCUAGAACUCAGACAAAUUAUAUCAACCUCAUCUUUAGCUCUUCCCAGUCCUCAUUCAGUGCUGCAGCUAAAUGUGAUGGCAAUUUGCAAAGCGCUCAAGCUUCUGCAACCCGAUAGCAGAAGGGUCAACUCUUCUGUUGGAUUUUCUGUUUUGCAGCAUACAAGCAAUGACCCUUAUUGCUUUGUGGAAUUUUAUGAACACAGGGAUGCAGCUGCUGCAUUAGCUGCUAUGAAUGGGAGAAAAAUUUUGGGAAAGGAGGUAAAAGUUAACUGGGCAACAACACCGAGUAGCCAGAAAAAAGAUACAUCAAAUCACUUCCAUGUGUUUGUGGGAGAUUUAAGUCCAGAAAUAACAACAGAAGACAUCAAGUCAGCUUUUGCUCCUUUUGGUAAAAUAUCGGAUGCACGAGUAGUUAAAGAUAUGGCAACAGGAAAAUCUAAAGGAUAUGGCUUUGUAUCAUUUUAUAAUAAACUGGAUGCAGAAAAUGCAAUUGUGCAUAUGGGAGGGCAGUGGUUGGGAGGUCGUCAAAUCAGAACUAACUGGGCAACACGAAAACCACCUGCCCCAAAAAGUACACAAGAAAACAGUACGAAACAACUGAGAUUUGAAGAUGUAGUAAAUCAAUCAAGCCCCAAAAACUGUACAGUGUAUUGUGGAGGAAUUGCCUCUGGUUUAACAGAUCAGUUGAUGAGACAGACAUUCUCACCUUUCGGACAAAUUAUGGAAACAAGAGCUUUUCCAGGAAAAGGCUAUUCAUUUGUGAGGUUUUCAACACAUGAAAGUGCAGCACAUGCUAUUGUUUCUGUCAAUGGAACAACAAUUGAAGGACAUGUUGUUAAAUGCUAUUGGGGUAAAGAAUCCCCAGAUAUGACUAAAAACUUCCAACAGGUGGAUUAUAGUCAGUGGGGACAGUGGAGCCAGGUGUAUGGAAAUCCGCAGCAAUAUGGACAAUAUAUGGCCAAUGGAUGGCAAGUACCACCUUAUGGAAUGUACGGACAAGCAUGGAAUCAACAGGGAUUUGGUGUAGAACAAACACCUUCUGCAGCCUGGAUGAGUGGAUUUGGUGCCCAGCCUGCGCAGGGACAAGCUGCUCCUGUAAUACCUAAUCAGGCUGGAUAUGUGUUUUACAUCACAGACUUUAAGAAAAAUGACAUAAAAGAUGCUUUUAGUUGAACAUUAAAUCCUGACGUUUUGGCUGUGGACCAAACAUUACAUCAAAGGAAGACAGUAUUUUCUUCAAUAACCACAAAACCAUCAUUCAGAAGACUUAUUCAUGGAAAUAGAGUUUUUAAAAUUUUUCUAUACGUUUUGAAGAAACUAAAACCUGGUAUAAAUGUUUUCAGUCUUUGGUAAAAAGCAGUACUGUCUGCAAUACUUGAGCAACACUUGUUAUCCACAUACCUAGGAGCAUAUUGUUUAAAUCUAGUUUGCUUGAAGUGCAAAAAUGCCUUUAAUUUUAGGAAGCAUUUUUACACUAUGGUGCUUAGGCAGUCAUACUUAGACUUUUACACUAGUUUGUACCUAACUGCAAUGUUACAAAAGCAUGUUCAAACAUAAAAGUAGCAAUGUAAUUAUUCAGAGUAAUACUUAAUAUAAUCUACUGCAUUGUUUGCAGUAGAUUGACAAGAAUGUGCAAGACUGACAUUUCCAAAGUUGGCUACUAUGUAAAAUGAAAAAUUACUACACAAAGAGCCUUAAUUUUAAAUUCAUAAAUCUUUAAUUCAUGUUGUCAGUAUAAAUCUGAAUUUUGUUUUGUUACUCGAUAUGUAAAUAUUUGGUUGACAACCUUGUAUACCUACUUGAAGGUUUCUAUAAGUUGUAUAGUACCUGAGUGUUUAAAAAAUCCUAGGAUUUUUUAAAAACCUAGAAAUACUUAGCUCAAGAUUUUUUAAAAAACAAGAUUGUUGAAAUACUUAUUUUAGAAUUUCCUCAAUGUGCCAUUUGGUUAAUCGAAAAUGCAGUUGAAACAAGUAUACUGAGUUGUGGUUUAUUCUUUUUAUUCUUAGUUACAUUGUUAGUUUUUGUUUUGGUUGGUUUUGGGUUUUUUGUGUUUUGGGGUGCCUUGCAUGUGCUGAAUCUGUACAGAGGCUGGGGUCUUUGUGCACUGAGUAUUAUUGGGAUAAAUCAUGAAUAUGUUCAAA